AAGAAGUCCCCAGACUUGGUUAUCAGUACGAGAAACAUAGCGUGGCUUUAGUCAGAGAUUCAAAUGGACAUACAGGUUAGUGUCCGAGUCACCUGAUUUUGAGAAUCUGCCGAUGGUUCCGAUCCAAUACCGGGGGGAAAAAAAGAGCACCUUUCUGCCCCUGUGAGCCGUGUAUCCAAUGGCAGCCUCGGUCCAGACACUUCCUCGUCCCAGUAAAAACUUCCAAACUCCAUUCAAGAUACCGUCCUUUUCACCCCCCUGCAAAAUGGGAAGUGUAGGCAGUCUGGUCGAGAGGCCCAAUGGGUCUCCUACUAAAGUGAACCAGGCUGUUCCCCAGGUAAGGCCCAAACCAUCCAAUGGUCUCCUGAAGAAAGGCUUCACCCAGAGAGAGCUUCUCAACUACCUCAACAUUACCAGAAAAGAAUCGAAAGCCAACCAGAGCAGUGGCUCGAAGAAGGACAUCAUCACAUCUGCGUGUGGGCAUAAGGAAGAAAAUCUUUAUGCAAAGGUCUUCCACAAAGAUGGCACAGAAAUUGAUUUGACAAAGAACUCACUUCCAAGUGGCGGCAAGUAUGACAAGUCUUUUUUUCGGUCAUCGGCCUUCAAGCCCGUCACUCCCAAAAGCUUCAGCUCUAUGCAGAAUUUGUAUCCAGCUUCCAAAUCAGAGGACCUGGACCACGGGCUAUCGAACGGGUUGCACCGAGCCUUUGCCCAUGUCUCCAAAACUGUCUCCAGCUCUUCUUCCUCAUCCUCACCCUCUCGUCAUGGAGGGUCAACCACUGGUAACAAGGCUCAUUCUUCCAUGCGCGGGGUGAGCCAGGAAGAUGACAACCUUUCAGACUCGGGUCAUAACUCCAUGAGCAGUUUGCCACCAUAUCGACCUCCGUUUCGCCCAAACCUGGCUCAAAUUAGUGCAUCUAUGGGCCAUAUCAAUACUAUCGGCUCCCUGGACCGCACUUCUUUGGACGGCAAAGCUGUCGGGUCAGGAGGCGGAGGAAGAGCUUUAGGAGAAAUGCCGAGUCGGAGCAUGGCGACCCUUAGCCGUCUGGUACCGUACGGAGGGGAAGCGCCACCUCCUUAUGACUGGACGCUCUCCGUGUCUGUUGAGGAAGUAGUGCGUGAUCUGGAGGAGCGUCUGGUUGAAAAAGAACACGAGCUGAAACAGAUGAGAAGAAAUCUGGACGAGAGUGAGGGCGCCAUCGUGCAGGUGUUUGAAGGCAAACAGCGUCUUUGGGAGAAAGAAGUGGAAGAACUGAAGCGCCUCUACGCUGCUAAGUUGCGACAGGUUUCCCAGCAUGCCCAGCGAUCCCAACGCAGUUUCCAACUGCAGCUCUACAAGGCCCAGCAGGAGAAAAGCCGAAUAUUAGAAGAGCUUGAGGCUCUCAAAAAAAGCCAAAAGGACGGAAGCAGGGAGACGCUAACUUCUCCGACCCUGGAGGAGACGCAGUGGGAGGUUUGCCAGAAGUCCGGUGAGAUCUCCUUGCUCAAGCAGCAGUUUCGAGACUCACAGGCUGAGGUCACUCUUAAGCUGAGCGAGAUCUUCCAGUUGAAGACGCAGCUCAGGGAGACUCGGCUGGAACUGCGCAACCGAGACGGGCAGGUAGAGGCGAUGAAGCUCAUCCUGCAGAACUCUAAGGGUCACAGAAGACCUUCUCAGAGUGCCAGUGAUCACGGGAAAGGAGACGAGGGCGUUACAACCGGGGCAACAGGAGGGUGCGUGGGCCCGAACGAGGAGCGUCUGCGCGCCGAGUUACUACUGGAGCGGCGCCAGAGCGAAGCCCAGGUCGCGGCUUUCGAGGAGGAGAGGCGGACAUGGCAGACGGAGAAGGACAAGGUCAUCCGCUACCAGAAGGAGCUGCAGGCCAGCUAUUUAGAGAUGUACCACCGCAACGCAGAGCUGGAGAGGGAGCUUCACCAGUUGAGAGCUGGACGAGAGCCAGGAGGAGAGAGUAGAGAUGGGACUUUGGAAAGAGAAGGACACGAGUUGAAAAACAAAGUGGAAAAAGAAGAGGACAGUCAAUCUUCGGGUUUGCCGUGGAUAGACAGGAUUGAAUCCUCUGAAAUUUGAAUGUGGUAAAAGGGAAGACAAAAACAUUGAAGUAGAAAAACUUUUAGAUACAAGAUGAAAAUAAUGUGUGGCAACUAUGAUUGUACUCACGAAUCAAGGUUCUUCUCGUAUGAGGUACUAACCUUCUCCAAGGCUCAUUAAUUCAGUUGAAUCAGCACUAUUACACUGUUUAAGAUUACUGUGGCACUCCUUUCAGUACAUUACGGGAUCUGCAACUGAGAUUCAUAUACAGUGUAUCACAAAAGUGAGUACACCCCUCGCAUUUCUGCAGAUAUUUAAGUAUAUCUUUUCAUGGGACA